UGACUAAAAUAUUGAAACAUAGAUAAGGGAACAAUUAUUAAAAAAAUCAACAAAAAUAUCUAACUGCUGGACACAGUGCAAAGUACAAAAAAGUGUUAGAAAAAGAAUAAACAAACAAAAAUAAAUUGCACACAAUGGAGACGACGACGCCGGAUUUAAAUCGUGGCGACGCUGCACGGAAAAGUGUUCGCCUCUAUGCCGCACGCAAAGGACUCGCUCCAGCGCCACCAACGUCCAUGCCCAUGCCCAUGCCGAAGCCUACGCCCAACAACAACAAUAAUACUGAUAAUAAUAAUAGUAAAAAUAAGAACAACAUUAGUGAUACCGACAGCCAGCUACCCGAACAGCAACACCACAGCGGCAGCAAUCGACCACAGGCUGCAAGGGAACUCGAUCUCAGCGAUGCUCAGAAUAUGGAUUAUGAUGCACUUGUCGAGCUGCGUAGACCCGGAAAUGUUACAGUGCCGCCGCCACGUGUUGCCGUCUCCGCAAUCCCAGCACUCCAUCUACAACAACAUAGUCGCACGAAGUUUACGCCACGUGUCCAGAUGUCUGCCGAAGAUGAUGUUGGUGUUGCCUUUGCCCUGGGUUCCAUCGAGAAGCACAUACUUAAUGUGGAGGAGAGCUUUAAGCAACAGCAACAACUCAGUGAACAGCAACAAGAACAGUCUCAAUCCUCCAUGGAUGUCAUGCGUAAACAGAGCAAGCGCUAUGGCGAAACGGAGAAUCUACUACGUCCCGGGAUUAGCGACAUGUCCUCCGAGAAUGAUUUUCAAUAUUUGGGCGGAAGGCGUUCCCAAUUGGACGAUAGCAAUGAGCAGAUGCUCAACGAGUUUCAAAGAGGCAGCGAUGGGCGCAAUUCAAUAGGGGCUUAUUCAAAAAAUUCAACAACUGCUGCUGGUGGAUCCUCUGGGAGUGCCUUGAAGGCCAAACUGGCGCGGACUGCCUCCGAUACGAAAAAUACGGACACGGUGCUUGCAAUGCGUGUGACGCUCAAGCAAAAGCAACAGCAGCAGCAAAAGGAUGCCAAACCUCAAACGGGAUGGCGUCCAACGACGACGUCGGCGUCUGCGGCAGGAGUAGCACCAACUCCAGCGGCUCGAAACACAACAAGCAAAGGUGCCAGUAGCAAUAGCGUUGUGGAUGGCGGAUCCUCAUCCAAACUAACGGCCACAACAAUAUCAGCAGCAAAGCGGCGCGAGGAGAAUCUACGCCAAUUUGAGGCGUUGCUCUCGCAAAAGUCAUCCGCGUCGCAUCGUCAUGCGACGACUGCAACAAGCUCAUCGGGCCCUCAUCAUGCUGGAGGCAGUGGCACAACAGCUGCAUCCAAACGACGGUCGGAACGACCAAUUGUGGCGCCCAUACCGCCCUAUAACUCUACCAGUCGCACGGAAACAACAGUACGUCCAACGGUCCAGCCAAAAUCUUCGGCAGCAGGACAUCAUCGCUCCACUGCUCCUCCACCUCCAAACAAUGUGGUUGUGCAAAGUACCAAUGUCUAUAGCAACAGUGUUGCACAGGGAUCCCCAAAUCUGCAGAUGCGCAGCAGUGCUCCGAUGCGAUGGCGCGCCACUGAGGAGCAUAUCGGGAAAUAUAAGCUCAUUAAGACCAUCGGCAAGGGUAACUUUGCUAAAGUAAAGCUAGCAAAGCAUCUGCCCACUGGCAAAGAAGUAGCAAUAAAGAUCAUUGACAAGACCCAACUUAAUGCUAUGUCACUUCAUAAACUCUUUAGAGAGGUUAGGAUAAUGAAAAGCCUUAAUCAUCCCAACAUAGUUAAACUAUUUCAAGUAAUCGAAACGGAAAAGACGUUGUAUCUCAUCAUGGAAUAUGCCUCAGGUGGCGAGGUGUUUGACUAUCUGGUACUACAUGGGCGGAUGAAGGAGAAGGAGGCUCGGGUCAAAUUUCGUCAAAUUGUAUCGGCUGUGCAAUAUUGUCAUCAGAAAAGGAUCAUACAUAGGGACUUAAAAGCUGAAAACUUAUUACUGGAUAGCGAGUUGAAUAUUAAAAUAGCUGAUUUUGGAUUUUCGAACGAGUUUACGCCCGGCUCAAAGCUAGAUACGUUCUGUGGCAGCCCGCCCUAUGCAGCACCAGAGCUCUUCCAGGGGAAAAGAUAUGAUGGACCGGAAGUUGAUGUUUGGUCGCUGGGUGUUAUAUUAUAUACAUUGGUGAGCGGUUCCCUGCCUUUCGAUGGUUCCACUUUAAGAGAGCUGCGUGAACGCGUACUCAGAGGCAAAUAUAGAAUUCCAUUCUAUAUGUCAACUGACUGCGAAAAUUUGUUGCGCAAGUUUCUAGUACUGAAUCCAGCAAAGCGUGCUAGUCUCGAAACAAUUAUGGGCGAUAAGUGGAUGAAUAUGGGGUUUGAGGAUGAUGAACUCAAACCGUAUGUUGAGCCAAAACAAGAUUUAGCCGAUCCCAAGCGGAUAGGUAAGACGGAAGCUCUAGUCGCAAUGGGCUACAAUCUAAAAGAAAUCAAAGAGUCGCUGGCUCAACACCGUUAUGACGAUGUGUUUGCCACAUAUUUAUUGCUUGGCCGCAAGAGCACCGAUCCUGAAAGUGACGGGUCGCGUUCAGGAUCCUCGCUCUCACUGCGGAACAUCUCGGGCAAUACAGAUAGUGCCAAUGCUCCUGGAAAUGCGGCCGUUCAAAGUCCCACGCAUCGUGGCGUACACAGAAGUAUAUCGGCAUCGAGUACCAAACCUAGUCGUCGUGCGUCGUCCGGUGCGGAAACGUUACGUGUUGCACCAGCAACAGCAACUACUGCCGUGACGGCUGCAGCGGGUGGCGUGGGAUCGGUUAACCCGAGCAAUAAUUAUAAUGCUGUUGGAGCAGCAGCUGACCGGGCAUCAGUUGGUAGCAAUUUUAAGCGUCAAAAUACCAUCGACUCGGCAACAAUUAAGGAAAAUACGGCGAGACUGGCCGCACAGAAUCAGAGACCAGCGUCUGCCACACAGAAGAUGCUAACCACAACAGAUACAUCGUUGAACAGCCCAGCGAAGCCGCGCACAACUGCUAAAUAUGAUCCCACUAAUGGCAAUCGGACAGUGAGCGGAACUAGCGGCAUUAUACCACGCAGAUCGACUACACUGUACGAAAAGACUUCAUCGACGGAGAAAACCAAUGUUAUUCCUGCUGAGACAAAUCUGUUCGAUCGACUUAGAAUGGCAUCGGCUGUUAAAUCAAGCAGACACUUUCCAAGGAAUGUUCCAUCACGUUCAACCUUUCACUCUGGUCAAACCAGGGCACGAAACAACACCGCACUGGAAUAUUCGGGUACAAGUGGCGCCUCCGGUGAUUCACCGCACCCAGGUCGCAUGAGCUUUUUUUCAAAACUUUCCUCACGCUUCAGCAAACGGACAUCUGCUACGGAGGCAGAGGCAGCUAAGCCAAGAGUCUUACGUUUCACAUGGUCUAUGAAGACAACAUCGCCGCUGAUGCCCGAUCAAAUAAUGCAAAAAAUAAGAGAAGUGCUCGACCAAAAUAAUUGCGAUUAUGAACAGCGCGAGCGAUUUGUUCUUUGGUGUGUUCAUGGGGAUCCCAACACAGAUUCAUUGGUACAGUGGGAAAUCGAGGUGUGCAAAUUACCACGACUCUCUUUGAAUGGCGUGCGCUUUAAGCGCAUUUCUGGUACUAGCAUUGGCUUCAAAAACAUUGCGUCUCGCAUUGCUUUUGAUCUUCGUCUGUGACUUAACCAAACGACGAAUGAGUGCUGCACCACCACAAACACCACCACCACCGACAGCGAGACGAAAACCACCUUCACCACUGCCAAAGACCAUGAAAUUACCAUUGGCAGUAAAAAGCUGUCUGAAUUAUCCUUGCUGCGUCGAUCUUUAACCAGUCAUCAACGAUCGAAUCGUGUAGAGAAAGUGCGUAUACGUAAUAAGGGACAGCAGACGACCAAGAAGAUCGGCAACGUUUUGUGCUCAGCUUUUCAAAAUUACUUGCCCUUCAGCAGAUCGUCGGAUGAAUUCCAAAUAAAAGAACCUCCUCCAAUCAAACGUACAUUGAAGGAGAACGUCGAUGAGUAUAUAAAAGCUAGCAUUAACACAGCAUCAACAGAAUCUCAAGAUGAAGAACCUAUUAUAGCUAGCGAUGGUGGUGGUGAAAACGAUGAAAUAACUGAUGGUGACCUGAAAUCCAGGAGCAGCCGAAAUCGUUUGAAAAGGAACAUCAAGUAUACCGGCAGCUUAAUUGUGCGCAAAUUUACAUCCUUCAAAAGGGGCGAACCCAAUAAAAUGGAGGGCAAGAAUGUUAUAAAUAAUGACAAACCAACAACAAACACCAAACCGAAAGUAGCAAUGUUACGCACCACAACUCUCUAAAAAGAAUACAUACAUACAUACAUAAAAUGCAUUCAUAUAUUAUAAUAAACUAGAAGGAUCGUGGCAUUUGCGAGGAGUCAUAGAGUUGUAUUUGGCUCCAAUCAUAGAAUGUGACUCUUUAGCAUAGAAUCUCAAAAGUAACAAUUAAUUGUCUUACAUUUAUCCAUUGAUCUAACGCGUAUUGAAUAUUGUCGUAUAAUAACAUCAACAAGAGCAACCGAGCAGGCAAAUUAACCAACUUAAGUACAUAACCACCAAAACAUGCAUAAAUAGUAUAUGGAUCUAAAGACAUUUAAAAAAAAAUGCCAACACACACACUUUAAAUGAAUAUCGUUAAUACCUAGACAGACAGCGUAGGUGAGAGCCACACCGUUUUAAUUCAAUAAACAUAAAAUAUUAUGAAAUCAACGCUAUAAUCCGCAUUUUUGUACCCUAUAAAAAAGAAAGAAACCAUUACAUACAAUAUAAGAGGCGUAUUUAAAUAUCUAAAAAAAAAAAACAAAAAUAUAUUGUUAAUAAGUUUAUGGAUGUAUAUGUUUUUGCCUUUGUUCGUUUCGUUUGCGUCGAAAAAUAAUACAGCAAUAAUGAAAUAUAUAGAUCUACAAUUGUUAUUCAUCAAAAGUAAAAACUCAAGUUUUAAACGACAAUUUAAACUCGUGGGAAUAAGUUAGAUCUUACGUCUGCUUUUAAAUCUAUAUCAUUUAUGAAUAGAUAUUGUAGCUCAUGCGUUUUGUUUUUCAUUUAAUGAGUUGUAUUUUUCAUGUAAUACACCCACUUCAAGAAAAGAAGCUGCAAGCACCACAAUAAAUAAUGUGUAUAUUGUAUCUAUAUAAUUAUAUUUAUAUAACCGUUUCUGAACGCUAGUUUCUUGUACAUUUCCACAUCUUCGUUUCUACCGGAAAUCAUUGAAUAAAUAAUGCUGAUACUUGAA